ACCUUUUGAAACAUCAUUCGAUAAGAGAACUUUGAUCAUACUGAAUAAUAUAUUUUGUUUCUAUAAAUCUUGGUUAAUGUAACAUAUUAAGCUAAUGUUUAUGUGCCACUUUCUUUAAGUACUUCAAUAUGACAAAGUAAGAUUUGCUUCUUUGGCCGUUGUGAUGCAAACUUGUGAUUUGUAAUAGAAAUGAAAUUUAAUUGUUGAAUUAGAAAGAAUUUCCCACUAUGGUACAUAAAAUUUUGUAUAAUGUAUCUCUCAAUUGUAAGAUUACUUUGACCAACGUGCUAUGAUCUCUUGCUUCUAUGGUUUAUAUAUUAUGGCUCAAUAAUAAUAAGUGGAUUAAAAAUACUAAAGUGAUGCAGAAAGUCUAUCAUCGAUGCAACCUUGCUUAUUAUUAUUAUCAAUAUAAUAUUUAAUUGCUCCAUUGUAGAGUAAUGAGUUUAUACGAAUGUCAUUAUUUUACAAUUAAAUUUCAUUUACAUAUUUUAUUUUAUAAAAAUGGGAAUAUUGAAUUACAAAUAAUUUUCAUUAGUAUGUUAAUAUUUAGUAUACUGAUUAUGUUUACCAUUUGUGUUCUUAUUAUUAGUUAUUAAUUUUCCUGGGUUUGUAGAAUAUAAAAUUGAUAUUUAUACAUAUAUAAAUAUGUUUUAUGUAAUAUUAAUGUAAAUCACUGAUGUAUCGUGAAAUGUUAUCUAUUUAUUCGUAUGAUACCAAGUGAAUUAAUAAAAAAGAUGCAUGUUACAGAUAAGAUUUUUAUCAUAUUAAUGUGUUGAAGCAUACGAGCGUUGAAACAACGUAUGUUAUAGAAAAUAUAUUGCCGUAUAAUAGAUUAAAACUCACACAUGUGCCAGGAACGUUCGUCACUGGUAACGUCCGUUACCUUUUCACUGAUGUAUUUACGUUAGUACGGGCAUUGGAUUCAGCUGAGGCAUGUUCUGUAUUGUAUAACCUUAAAUAGAGCAGGUCGAACGAACGUAUCGUUAGUUAGUUAUUCGUUAUCAGUUCGAUGAGUACGUAUUUUUUAUGUAUGUCCAGUGAUUAUUCUAUAGCGAAUAGUUGGAUCGGAAUGAAAACUUUUCUAUUUUGUGCAAAGAUUUUUAGAUUUGUUUAUUAUAAAUUAUUCGUUAUUGCGAAAAAGUUCCUUUGUUGUAUAUUUGUAUAGAUCAAAUUAUUUACAGUUUUUAACGGACUUCGAUGUCGGUUCAGAUUAAAAAGAAAUAUUUUUUGAGUUUUACAACACAAUGUCCCGAAGGUUCUGUUAGGCAUGGUUUACGCCACAGUCAAGAACAGUCGCUAUUUUUGAGAAAUGGAAUUUUAUCGCUUCGACCAUCUGCGUGCCAACGCUUUGAUACAUUCUGAAUAUGCAAUAAGAAUAAAGGAAGAGCCAAUCGAUCCAGAGAUCUGUGAUGAUUUAUCGCCAGUUGAUACGAAUACGGAGAAUGAAAAUGAGACAGCGAUGUUUGAAGGUGAAUUUUCGGAUGGCGUUUAUUGUAGAAAUCGAGAAUCUGCGUUUCCUCAAGAAAGUACAUAUUUAGAAAAUAACAAAUCCGAUGCUGAUAAACGAAAAAGUAAACAUAAAGUACCUUCAAACAACAGAAUAAGCUGCAAUGUUUGUUUGUUAACUUUUCAAACUAAACAUUUAUUGGAACUGCAUAAUAAAUUAUAUAGCUGUAAUGUAUUCAAGUGUAACAAUUGUACUGCAAUCUUCAGUAUGCAUACUUCGUUGAUACGUCAUUUAAAUAUGCGAUGCUGUACGAAACAAUGGCCUGGAUAUAGAUGUAAUUUUUGUAACCGAAGGUUUUCCUAUAAAAGACAUGUCCAAUCUCAUUUAUUUCAUAUGCAUGGGAACGCAAUAUUUUCUGGCGAAAGGAAAAUUACGAAAACAUCUCCUGAAUCGUUAGGAAAGUCGAAUCAUUCGGAUGGUAUAGUCACGGCAGAAUCAAAUACUUCACACAGUCCCUCCCUAAAAAACGUAAAUAGCUCGAUAAAUAUGUCUUUGAAACUAUCUAAUAGUUCAAACAAUACACCCACCAAGGGUUCGAGCAGCAAGAUCAGGUCUACGCAUCCGAAAUGGUUAAACGAUUCGUAUGGUACACCUUCGAAAAGGAUGAAACAGAACGUCCUUACAGACUUCAUAUCGCUGUACAAAGACAAGCCGAAUGACAAAUUGGUUAGUCCGGAAAAAGUUAUCGAUACGGAGAACAUUCCUGUUACUGCGACUAUUAUACCAACUUCAACGCUCGAGACAUUUAGUAACAAGACAUCAACGGCUUCAGAAGUUAUCCAGAUGUCUACUUCUGUUAAGCGAAUCGAAUCUCCUGUUAGGAAAAGACCAUUUGUUCAAAUUCAUGUGAAUUCCGAAACAAUGAUAUCUUUAUUAAGGAACGAAAUAAAAGCUGAAUCUGAAAGCUCUAAUACCUCGCACAAUAUGUCUUACAACCUUAGGCCAGUAAAAAGAUGUUCUUCUUCUUUAUAUGAUUUUUAUGAUUUAUUGGAGUUUGAGACCUUUGAAAGAUCAAGACAAUCUUUUAGAAGAAACAAGUCCCCCUAUACGUUUAAUCAAAGUGAAAGAUCUGCACCUGAAGCUAAGUGUAAAGAAUGUGUGGUCCGUUUGGAGAAAUGCGACAAAUUCUUGGAGCCUACUAGUUUUGUGUCAAACGGAGACGAAAACGAAAACGAAAACGAAAAUGAAAACGAAGACGGUUUCAAACAAGCAGUAUCGAAAAAUGUGGAAGAGGAAUUUGAAGGUUUUCGUGAGACAAGCUCGGCAGGUAACUUGCCUUUGGAAGCUGGCACGAUUGAAUCAAAGCGAUUCAAUGAAUUUGUAAAAUCUUUCGCUGAUAGAUUAAUCGUACCUAAACAAGAAUCGGUUGAGUUUAAGAAGAACUUUAAGGUCAAUCAGCAGAAAAUAUUUCAAUGUCAUAUUUGUAAAAAAUCGUUUUCUUUGAAAGAGAACCUGCGCGAGCACGUGAAAUUGUCCCAUACGAUUUACAUGUCGAGCAUAUGCAACGCGCGUUACACGUCCAUGAAUAAGUUACUAACUCACUAUCUACGUCAGCAUAUUGUGUUUAAACGAAGGGAAUGUUGCGUGUGUUAUGAGAAGUUUCACACAUCGUCAUUGUUGAAGCGGCACAUGAUUUUGCAUUGUUUGAAGACCAUAAGAUCAAAAAAGGACGUUCUACCGAUUGAUGUUGAAAUAAAUUGCAACGCAUUCAAGAAACAACACAAAUGCCAAGGUUGUCGCAAACGAUUUUGGCUAUACUCAUGUUUGAAACAACAUGAGAAUGUAUGCCAUCGAAUGAAAGUAUUAAUACAUAAACAACGUGCACCUCGUGUAAACCAUUUGUCUCGGUCCUUGAAAGAACCAAGUAAACCAAUGGAACUCGGCAUAGUACAAUCACCUGAUUUGGAACAAAUGUUGGAUGUUCCGGGUGGGAUGACAGGACCUUUGGAAAAUUAUUUGGCUCCGAGUACGCUUAUUACGGAUGAUACUUUCUUUUCGUCGUUCGAUACAGCUGCAAAGAACAAAAGGCUACUUAAUGGGAUAGCGUGCGUAAAGGGUUACCAAGCGGACAACAUGAACAGAACAAGGUUUCCUUGCACUACUUGUGGGACACAAUUCCGAACAUUUCAAAAUUUGUGCAUACACGAGCGCACCUAUUGCCAAACAGCCACCGAAAAGUGUAACGUUUGUAACACGAUGUUUUCCACUAAAAGGUUAUUACAGCUUCACAUGCUUGCUACCCAUGCGCCUUCGUGCUUGAUGAACUACAAAUUCUUUUGUAAGUUUUGUAAUCAAGGAUUUGUUAAGAAAUCGAAAGUUCAAAUUCACGAACGACACUUCCAUAUUGGGCAGAAUCCUGUACUGGUGCUGAAUUCCGAUUGCGUUUUGAAAGAUAAACCAAUUUGUAAUAUAUGCCAUUUGUUAUUCGAAUCCUACGAACGUUUUGUCGAGCAUAACAUGUAUUAUUACAAGGGCAAAGAUUUUUUAUGCGCAAUAUGUGGUAAGUCGUUUCAAGGAAUGUACAAGUUUCAUCAUCACAACAAGUUGGAGCAUUAUCCGGACGAACUAUGGAAAUUGUACCCUUACAAAUGCGAUACUUGUAACGAAGGCUUCAGCUACGAAUCACAUUUCCACGCACAUAAGCUACACGUUCAUUCGCACGAUUCGCCCGCUGACAAAGCGCGCGACCGCGAUACAUCGGAUCACACUUUUCGUAUGUGUUCAUGAUUCUUUGGAUAAAUUAAGAUAAUCAUAAAAUAAAAGCAUAGAGAAUAUUUAAUUCUUUGAUUUAUAGGUCGUUUUAAAAUCAAUUUUCAUGGUACUAUACAGAAGAAUCGACCUAGAUUUAGACGUGCAAUAAACACGCCAAGUACACACACACAUACGAAGCAAAUGAUUUCUAAAGCGUUUUUUAAGUCACGUAUUCGCAUUUUCCAUGAUACUGAAAAUACAUGAUACACGAUACAUGAUAGGUUGAUAUUUGUUGAAAUAUACUUUACAAGUCAAAUCAACGCUUCUGACCUAGUACAAACUGCGCUCGACUCGAACAUCGAGCACUGAGUGAAGUUUGGGUGUCAGCCUUAGGCGCUUCCUGUUCAUUGUUUGCGAUGGUCUCAGUUUGUUGAACCAGAAGAUGUCAAGCAUCCUAGGUUAGACGACCAGCCAGAAAACGAGUGAACUAGAUAUUCCAUACUGUCUCUAACUUUAUUUAAUAUAUAUCGUUUUGUUCACUCGAGAGAUAAAGAUAUCUAAUCGUGUUAUCGUUUACUAAGUGUCGCUUGAAACAGCUUAAUGAAAAUUAUGAUAGAUCGAGUAAUAAAUUUGUCUGCUUUUCUUUGGACGCGUUAUAUUUAUGUGCUUUUACAUACAUAUAUGUUUCUCUCUCUCUGUGUGUGUGUGUGUGUGUGUGUGUGUGUGUGCGUGCGUGCGCGCGCGCGUGUGUGUAUUUUAUCAAGUACGUUGAUCGUUACCCUAUUUCAUUAUUGUAAAAUUUGUUGUUAAAGGGAGUUUUUCGUUCGGCGUGCGCAUUUGCUGAUCUUCAUAUUUUGUAAAUUGUUUUUGGUCAGCGUAAAUGUUUGAACAAGUUAGAAAAUAAAUGAAGCAAGGGUAAGUAAAUGUUGCAAUUUCUUUUCUUAAUUUGUCUGAUAUUGGUCAUUUUUUUUCUAUUGCAAUGUUUAUUCGCUAUAAUUAUUCGUUUAAACGUCCGCUUGAUAUAAUAUUUAUAACAUUCGUUAAAAAAUGAACAAACCUAUUAAUGAAUCUGAUAUUGAGAUUAAAAAAAAAAAAAAAAAAUUCAUUUCGUUUAUCACACGUGGAAUGAUUAUAUGAUAAGUUUCAUAUUUGACUGAUGACUAAUUUAAAUAUGGAUCGUAAUUACAAUUUUCAUUAUGAGAUGAUUUAUUUACUUACCCAGCUAUCGAUUAAUGACGUCGAAUGAUAAUUGUACGGGAACGAUAAUGCUUUGUAAUGUGCAAUUAAACUAUUACGUUAAAUAUUCAGUAAAUUAAUGUUUCAAUUUCCAUCGCAGCGCCGGUCGCACGAUUCGAUAAUCGAGAGGAAUAUGAAACCAAAAACGAUAUGUAUCGCUAUGAAAGCGCGAAUUAAAAUUGUCAUAUUAGAAUUUCUAUAAAGAAAUAAGAAUUAAUGUUUAUAUCAAAGAAUAGUUACAGCGCGUAAUCAAAUAAAUUGGUUGUUUAACAGCGGGAAAAUGAACUAUUUUCACCAGCUUUCACCAGUUCUGCCGUACAACGAAACGAACCGUUGAACAAUUAUAAAAGCUAACGUUUGUACUUCCUAAAAAUUGGAAAGCUGGUAAACUUGAUAGAUUGCUCGGGAAAUUUGUACAUUUUAGUAGUACGAUAUGUACUGUUUUUAAAAGUGUAGCUAUUCUUUAAUAAAUUACAUUUUCCAGAAAA